GCGGGGACCAUGGCCAAGCGGGUGGCCGUGCUGCUGGCGGGCUGCGGCGUGUUCGACGGCAGCGAGAUCCACGAGGCGUCCGCGGUGCUGGUGCAUCUCAGCCGGGAGGGGGCUCAGGCUGAGGUUUAUGCUCCCAACAUCCCCCAGAUGCACGUGGUGGACCACGUGAAGGGGCAGCCCACGGCGGAGCAGCGCAAUGUCCUGGUGGAAAGUGCCAGGAUAGCCAGAGGCAACAUCAAGGACCUGGCCACGCUGGAUGUCAAGGGGCUGGACGCCCUCAUCAUCCCAGGUGGCUUUGGGGUGGCAAAAAACCUGAGCACUUGGGCCACGCAGGGCAAGAACUGCAGCGUCUCCAAAGAGGUGGAGGCUGUGCUGAGGGCGUUCCACGCUGCCCACAAACCCAUCGGGCUGUGCUGCAUCUCCCCCGUGCUGGCAGCCAAAAUCUUCCCGGGCUGUGAGGUCACCGUGGGCCAUGACACCGAGUGUGAGCAGUGGCCUUAUGCCAAGACUGCCGAGGCCAUGAAGGAGCUGGGCUGCAGACACGUCAACAGCCAGGUCACCGAGGCGCACGUGGACGCCAGGAACCGCCUGGUGAGCACCAGCGCCUUCAUGUGCAACGCCCCCAUCCACCAGGUGCACGACGGCAUCGGCAGCAUGGUCAGGGAGGUGCUGCGGCUGGCCUGAGCCCCCGCAGGCACCCAGCUCCUCCCCGUGGAGCCUGUCCCUGCCCUCACACAGCAACAGCUAAAGGGACACUGGCUCUGCCCCGCAGCUCUGGUGGCUGCUGAGGAGGGACAAUCCUGGAGGUGGCGUGCUCUGCCAAGGACGCGUCACUCCCUGGCGGGAGCUGGGCUGGAGCUGCCGUGGGAUGGUGGGAUGGGAGGGACCUCAAAGCUCAUCUUGUGCCAGGCUCCUCCCAUGGGCAGGGCCCCCUUCCACUGGCCCAGGCUGCUCCAUCUGGCCUUGGACACUUCCAGGGAUCCUGGGGCAGCCGCAGCUUUCUGGGCACCCUGUGCCAGGGCCUGCCCACCCUCACAGGGAGGAAUUCCAUCCCAAAAUCCCACCUAUCCCUGCCACAGGCUCCCCCAGGGUUCAGGGUCAGCUGAUCCCCAAGCCCUCCCUCAGGCAGUGAAUUGUGGCCAAAGGAAGGAACCCAGCUCUGCUACCAAAUAAAACCUGAUGCUUCUACUGAA